UGAACCCAUUUUCGUAUGAGAAAAGAGAGAAAGGAAACACAGAGGAGAGAGAUAUUUGGCAAGGCUCUAAAGAGAGUUCAAGAUGAUGUUGAGGUCAGGGUUAGAGUUGGUUACCCUAUCACGGGAUAUGGUCAAGAAAGUAGAAAUCGGGCUGCUCGCCAACGCAUUCCCAACAGGGCAUGGACCGAUGAAGAGGGUGUGGAGCAUGUAGAGGUGAACUUUUAUAUUCGUGGACCUAAUGGAGCCGGGAAAGUCUUUGCCGAGAUGUACAAAGACAAAGCAGAUAAUCAAUGGAAAUUUACUUACUUGAUUGUUGAUAUCAAAUCACCUUCUCCCAAACAGUUGAUCUUAGAGUCAUACUUACCGGCUUAUGCCCCGGCUUAAAGAUUCUGUCACUCUUCACAACGAAGAAUAAAA